AUGGGUCCUAGCAAGAUCAGGAAAGCUCUCGGCGCAGUGAAGGACAAGACGAGCAUUGGUCUCGCCAAGGUCGGUAGCAGCAAUUCCAUCGCCGAUCUGGAAGUCGCCAUCGUCAAGGCUACUCGGCACGAAGAAUACCCAGCUGAGGAGAGGCACGUGCGUGAGAUCCUUAGCCUAACAUGCUACUCACGUGCGUACGUUAGCGCAUGUGUGAGCACUCUUUCGAGGCGGCUCAACAAGACGCAGAACUGGACGGUCGCCCUCAAAACCCUCAUGUUGGUUCAUCGCCUUCUCUCCGAGGGCGAUCCGGCCUAUGAGCAAGAGAUCUUCUUCUCGACGCGGCGCGGGACCCGACUUCUCAACUUGUCGGAUUUUCGAGACACGUCACGAUCGGACUCGUGGGACUUCUCAGCGUUCGUCCGUACGUUCGCGCUGUACCUUGAUGAGCGGCUCGAGUUUCGAAUGCAAGGCCGGCAUAGCCGGCACAGGAUCUCACUGGGUGGGAAUGGUGAUGAUGACGACGAUGAUGAUGAGACAGCAUCUAGGUCGUCAUCCGUCCGGGCUACGCCGGUCCGUGACAUGAAGAUCGAGCGGAUUUUCACACGGAUGCAGCACCUGCAAUUGCUGCUCGAGCGGUUUCUAGCGUGUCGACCCACAGGUGCGGCGAAAAUGAACCGGGUCGUGACAGUGGCGAUCUACCCGUUAGUGAAAGAAAGCUUCCAGAUAUACUACGACAUCACGGAGAUUCUUGGCAUCUUGAUCGACCGGUUCAUGGAACUUGAGGUCGCCGAUUGCGUAAGGGUAUUUGACAUAUUCAGCCGUGUUUCGAAGCAGUUCAAUGAGCUCGACAGGUUCUACAGCUGGUGCAAGACGGUUGGGAUUUCAAGAUCAUCCGAGUACCCGGAAGUCGAGAGGAUCACAUCCAAGAAGCUCGAGGUCAUGGAGGAAUUCAUACGUGAUAAAUCAGUUCUAGCGCAGAGACGGCCGAAGAAGAAUUAUCAAGAACAACCCAAGAAAGAGGUCAUCGUAGAAGAACCAAUUGAAAAAGUAGAAGAAGAUAUGACGAGCAUGAAGGCAUUGCCCCCACCAGAGAAUUUUGUUGAACCUGCAGCAGAAGAAGAGGAGAAAGAAGAGAAGAAGAAGAAGAACACCGAUGAAGAAAUGGAUUUGGUGAAUAUGAGGGAAGAUCAUGCAGUGACUGGAAUAGAACAGAGUGAUAAGAUGGCACUAGCAUUAUUCGAUGGAGAAUUGGCGGGCCCACCAACGACGUGGGAAGCUUUCACCGACGAGUCGAGCGAUUGGGAGACGGCAUUGGUGCAGUCAGCGAGUAAUCUGUCGAACCAGAAGGCAUCAUUUGGUGGUGGAUUCGAUAUGUUUUCGUUGGAUGGGAUGUAUCAACGGGGGAAGACAGAUGCAGAGAUGAGUGGUGGGCAAUCGUCAGGGAGUGCAAGUAGCAUGGCAUUUCUCGGUGAGACACCUGGGCGGUUGGCAUUGCCGCCGGUCCCACAUGGUGGGGCAGGAGAUGGUGGAGAUCCGUUCCAAGCAUCGCUAGCAAUCGCACCGCCAGCAUACGUGCAGAUGUCGGACAUGGAGAAGAAGCAGCAGCUGUUGGUGGAGGAGCAGCUUUUGUGGCAGCAGUAUGCUAGGGAUGGUAUGCAAGGGCAGCUUGGGUUUGCUAAAUUACAAAAUAGCCCUUACAGCCCGGGUGGGCAAAGGCAGGGUUAUCUACGUUGAACAUUGAGUCUUUGACCGCCGGAUGACACAUGGCCAGGGUGUUUGGGUCAGCACUGGCAAGCAUAUGUUUGUGUACUUUUAGUAGGGAAAUCUAGUGGGUUGAUUGUGUAGGACUGAUUAUCUUGACCAUUGAUCACACAAGGUCGUGUAAUAUCUAAGGGCAAUCUUGUAAUUUAAAUACCAACAGUAAUAUAUAGAAUCGGAGUCCCGAUC